ACUUUUAUGUAGUAGCUGUCGAUAGUAUCGACAUAAUUUUUGCAGCUCUACUGGCAAAAUCUACGGAGAAAAAAGCAAAACGUAUAAAAACCAUUAAGUGCACAUUAAAAGUACAAGUAAUUAGUGGAAUACAUUCCACUCUUUCGACAUGGAUGACGACACACAGUUGAAACAGGGAACGGAUAAGCGCAUGGGUAGUUCGCUGGAUGACGGUCCACCCGGCGUGGACGGCAAUGAUGCUAGUGAAAAAAACGAGGCUCCAGCAGCCGCGGCGCCUUCAUCCCGCAAAACGAAGUCGAAUUCACGUCGACGCUCAACGUCCCGACGACGCUCGAGUUCGCGCCACGCUACUUCACCCUUACGGCGGAGGCGGUCACAUACUCGAUCACCGACACCACCGCCAUCGCGUCGAGGACGCUAUGAUUCACCGGACUAUGGGCGAUAUCCGCCACGACGUCGCUUCGAGCGACGACGUUCACCAGAUCGCCGGCGAUCGCCCCCACGUCGUGGUCGACGGGAUCGUUACGGCAGAUCCCGAUCGCGUUCGCGCAGCGGCUCACCGCCAAGGCGAGGCGGAGGUCGUGGUGUUAGUCCAGUGUCUCGAUGGUCGCCUAAGAAAAAGCCAGCUUCGCCGCCGCUGCCAACCCAAGCAGCUCAACAGCUUGCCCAGCAACAGCUAACGCAUCCUGUCCAGGCAGCAGCUUACGGUGUCAUGACGGCUCCAAUGUACGGCCAAGCUGCGUAUGGUGCACCAGAUGUAUAUGGACACCAAUACAGCAUGGCGCCACCAAAUGCCUUUCCGCCGACGGGACCGCCACCAGGCUAUAUGCAAGGCCCGCCACCCACGCAGGCCGCAAGCUUCAACACGGGCUACGGCGCCUGGGGCGUUAAUGAAUAUGGACAACAAGGAUGGCUGCCGCAGCCGCUGCCCAAUGUACCGACAGGAUCAUCUGAGCCACUGGCCGCGCAGCAGAUUGCACCACAGCAGCAACAGCAGCCACCCCCGGCAGUUAUAAUGGAGGAGCAACCAACUCCGGCGCUUGAGGGCGCAGGUUUGCCACCACAGGACGCUGUGGCACAGGAGGCGGAAAAUCAAAAGGAAGAGCUGAAAAAGCAACGCACCAACUAUGUGAAGAAGGUUUCGCUGCUCAAGAAGGAAAUGAAAGUGUUAAAGGAGCAACGAAAUGAUCUAACAGCCGGCGAUGCACCACCGUCGCCAACAACAAAGAAUUUCAUUGAGGAAAACGAUCGUCUGCAGGUGCAAAUCAAAAAAAAACUGGACACAAUUGAGAACGUCAUAGAUAUGUUGAAUGGCAUCAUUGGCGAUGAAGAGGCCGACGAAGAUUCGGAGGUCACGCCAAAGAAGGACUCAGAGCCUGCUAUAAGUAAAUUAGCUCAACCAUCAGCUGCUGGUGCUGAGGCCUCCACCACGACAAGUGAUAGCUCCGAUAGCUCAGAGUCAAGCUCAUCCUCAAGCAGCUCGUCAGAGUCAUCUACAGAGGAUGAGGGCGAUGAAGAGAAUGGCACGGGUGAUGGCAGUCCCACAAAUCGCCUCAAGAACCGCGCUAUCAAAACAAUGAAAGCUAAACAGCGACAGGCAGCACCGGCGUCUAAAUCGAGUGCAUCUCAAGUGCAGAACUACAAUUAUGUAUUCUUCGAUCCCGAACAACAUUGGUGUGAGAGUUGCAGUGUGUUCCCAAAAACGGCCCGCGACUAUCUAAAGCAUCUACAUGCCGAGGAGCAUAUGAAUCGAGAGACCAUGGAAACUCCCUGGCACGUGGGCAUCGAUCAUGAUCCGUAUCCCACUUACGAUAAGGCGCCCAUUAAGCGUGUACCUGUGCGAGGUCUACAAUUUCUAGUACCUGCCAGUGCCUGGUAUUGCAAAUUGUGCAGUGUUUGGAUUGGCGAUUUGCACUGCGCCUCGGCGCAUCUGAAAUCUCGUUUGCACGCCAACAGAUAUGACUUGUUCGUGAAGAAGCAACCAAACUACGAGAGUGAGUUUCUAAGUAAACGCGAACGAGCCCAGCAACAGCAACAAAAGGAAAGCGAGGAGGCCAAGCUGAAGAAGGCCAAGAAGGAGGAUGAUAAGACCUCAAAGAAGCGUAAGAAGAAGAGCAGCGAAAAGAAGAAAAAGAAGCGAAAGCACAGCAAGAAACAUAAACGUAAUGCGAAUACAGCAAACAGCGCAUCCACAUCAUCAGACAGCUCCUCAUCGGACGAAGCGGAAGAGAUGCAGCAACCAAAGAAGGGACAGGCCACAGGGGAAGUGGCGCCUUCCGCCAAUGCGGCCUCAAUACGUGUGGCUAUGCGUAAACAAGAUACAACUCUGCCGGGCAAAUUGGAAGCAGUGCCUCCGGUGGUACCUCCGCCACCACCCUUCAUAAAAGAUGCGCUGAAAGAUGCAGCAGAACGUGGCAAAUGGACGUCAACCAGUAAUGAUACGAAAGACAAAGAGGAAGAUCAAAAAAAGCGCGACGAUGCAAUGAUGCAACAAUGGAAUACGGUGCAGCCGGUCAUCAGCGAGAGCGAGAAGAAGCUGCUCGAGCAACUAAAGGGCAAGCUGAAAACCAAAUCUCGCCCGGCAGAUGACAAUCGAAAUUCUAGUGCUGCUCUCGAUGAGAAGUCACGACGGACUGUUUCGAAGCGACGCAGUCCAUCCCCACGCAGCGGAAGUCGGGGGCGAACAGAGCGCGAUCAGCGUGAUCGGCGCGAUCGGGAGCGUGAUCGCGAACGUGACCGUGACCGUGGUCGUGAUCGGGAUCGGGAGCGCGAACGAGAACGCGAUCGCGACCGCCGGCGUUCUCGCAGCAGAUCGCGCAGCCGCGGCCGCAGGCGCAACUCACGUUCGCCAAUGCGCGGUGGGCGACGCAGUCGCUCACGUGAUGGUCGCUGGCGUCGCAGCAGUCGAAGUCGCAGCCGUAGCCAUUCGGAAGAGCGCGUCGAGCGGCCAGUGGUCAAACAUGCAGAGUUUCGCCCACGUCAACUGCCCGAGCGCAAGCAGAACGAUAUUAAACGGGAUAAAAAGGAGCCCGCAGCUAAGCCAAAAGUAACCAAGAACAAUUCGAGCAAUGCAGUCGCCACAACGGGCAAAAAGUUGCCUUUCAUUGGUAAAAUGCCUGUGCUGAAGAAGCAGCCAGCUGUUUCAACAACUGCCAGUUACAACGAUCCGAGCACUUACACCAAUGGCAACAUGGAAAACAUACCGGUGGGACCACCUCCACCACCCCCACCCACAACAAUGGGCAUGGCGAACGCUGCCCGUCAAAAUGCGCCGACAGCUGCACAGAUUCAGAUGGCAAUGAUGGAGGAUGCCUUUGGUAAUGCGCCACCUUUUCAUCCCGAUGCCGGCAUGAUGAUGGACUAUGAUGAGCUAAUGCCGGAUCCAGUGCAGUUUGCAAAUCUGAUGACACAUUGCCCGCCACCGCCGCCACCUGGCGACAGUGCCAAUUCGGUUGGCACCGAAUCCCUGGACGCAGAUCAGCUGGCCAACGAGGAGAACGGUGAAGAGGAUGUACUUCCGCCCGGUAUUGAUGAGGCUGAAACAGAUCUGGUGCCGCAGCCGCUGGCUACGGCGAAACAAACGCGCGACGGCGAACUGCCCAAGGAUUUGGCUGAAGCACUCGAUAUUAUAUUCCCUGCGGAUCGUUCAGCUGAGGACGAAUCUAAUCAGAAUAAACAUGUGCCAGCUGUGCCACAAACUAUAACCACCAUUGUGGAAGAUGAGCCCGUGCUAGACGAGCAUAAUCUGCAGGAUCUGGCUAAGCAGGGCAUACAUCUGGUUUCCAUCGAGGAGACCACAUCUAGCUCAAUGCCAGGCUCGACACUUGACGACGCAGUUCAGUCCAAUGAUUCAUCUAUGCAAAUCAGCGCUGAUGAGUCCUCCCAGGGUGUCUAUCAACAAGCAAAUGGCAAUGUGGAGAGCACCAUUAGUCUCAAACAGAUGACGGCGCAAGAUAUACCCAUGCCUGGCACACCGCCAGCUGACCCCAUAGCCGAGGUCAAGGCUAAAGCCGAGGAGCUGUUCAAUGUGGGCGAUAUACCCCAGCCGCCCGACUCGCCGACAGAGAGUGAAAAAAUGCGGCGCCAGUCGGAGCUGGACGAAUUGGCUAUGCUGGGAAUUGACAGCAGUGACAUGGCAGCUCAAUAUGCGUUAUAAGCUUUGACCAUGUAGCCAAGAAACUGGCUGCAGGUGACGUCAUCGGCAGCACCAUAUCCGACUUAAUCGCAUGGCACGCGGCACCUGAGGAGGCGUCCGAUUUAAUUCAUUUUAUU